AUGGCGCUCUUUCUCAUCAUCCUGACUAUUCUGUCAGUAGUCAAUGCAGCGGCUUUGACAGCUAAUUAUCCCAUCAACGCACAACUGCCACCUGUCGCGCGCGUCUCACAGCCUUUCCGCUUUGUAUUCGCCCAAAGCACUUUCUCUCAUAGCGAUAAUGACACAAAGUACUCGCUAUUGGAUGCACCAUCAUGGCUCAAAGUCGACAGCAGCACUCGCACCCUCUCGGGAACUCCAGACACAGACGACAGUGGCUCUAUGAAAUUUAAGCUCAAGGCAUCCGACGGGUCGGAGAGUGAUAGCAUGGAAGUUACUCUAAUUGUGACCGCCGAUCAAGGUCCGACUGUGAACAAGCCACUCGUGCCUCAACUGCAAUCAAUAGGACCAGUUUCGUAUCCUGCAACUCUGUUUGUCCAUCCCGGUCGCCCAUUUUCCAUCGAGUUCGACCCGGAUACUUUCGACAACACCCAUCCUUCUACGAUCUACUACGGAACCUCACCGAACAAUGCCCCGCUACCUUCAUGGAUCAACUUUGACCCAGCGGCCCUGAAAUUUGCCGGGAAUAGCCCAGCAUUUCCAGGCGCGGGACCUCAGACAUUUACAUUCCAGCUGAUUGCAUCCGAUGUAGCUGGAUAUAGCGCGGCCAACAUGACGUUUGAGCUGUCAAUUGGUCCUCAUAUCCUUGCCUUCAAUGAGACUGUCCAAACUUUCAACCUCACUCGAGGUGACAAGUUUACCAGCCCCAAGUUCACUAGUAUUUUGUCGAUGGAUGGCUCGCCAACUUCGAACAAGGACCUGGCCAAAAUCGAUGCCGAACUGCCGGACUGGCUGGACCUGGAUGAGGACAAUAUAUCGCUGAGUGGAACACCACCGGACGAUGCCGUGAACCAGAACAUUACCAUUUCUGUGAUCGAUUCUUUCCAAGAUCAGGCAAAAUUGAUGGUCCGCCUAGAGUUCCUCAAGUUAUUCCUUAAUACUGUCGAUGGAUGUGAAGCAGCAAUUGGGAAGGACUUCAAGUUCGAGUUUAACCAGUCUAUGGUUACCGAUGACUCUGUACAACUAGAUGUUGAUUUGGAUAGCGAUCUCUCCUCGUGGCUCACCUACUUCCCUGAAAACAAGACACUCUUUGGUCAUGUUCCAAAGGACAUGGACCCUAAGAAGUUCACUAUCCCUCUCACCGCGCACCAAGGGUCAACUGAAGACACAAGAGACUUUGUACUCGAUGUUCUCAAAGCAACGGACACUCAUACGGACCCUACGAGUCCGUUCACUGAACCCAGCAGCCCCGACCGCAAGAAGGCUGGUAUCAUCGCCAUAUCCGUUGUCGUCCCAGUGGUGGUGAUCUUGAGUCUUUUGAUUCUCUUCUGCUGCUGGCGUCGUAGAAAGAGCUCACCUACCGUUGAAGAGGGACCGACCAACACCAAGCCGGCGCCUCCACGGCCAGUCAGACCGGAUGUUCCCAAUUGCCAACCGGCCAUGACUGAAAGGUCUUCCCGUGACGACAACUCGGAAGACUGGAUGAGUCCUAUCUCGCCUACAUCUGAUCUCCCCAAGCUUGAACUAGGACCAGCAUGGAAUGUGUCCUCCUUCGACAAACAGGAGCACCCUAUUAGCUUCUCAAUUCCCGAGCCUGCUGUUCCUCCUCGUUCUCCUAAGCGACUGUCACCUGUUCGCGGUGCUUUCGUCCCACUGCGAGACGAAGUCAUUGCAGAGGACAAGCCAGUUCAAAUCUCACCUACCAAGAAACAGAACAACCGUCUUUCCUAUACCAAUACGAAUAGUCCCGUCCGUCGCAGAUCCACCAACCGAUCCAGACGUCAACCCUUGAAACCCAUUCAGCCGCGGGCGAUGAAGCGAGAGUCUAUUCAGUCAUCCAAGUCGAAGCGGUACUCCAAGCGUUCAAGUGGCAUCUCAUCUAUUGCUUCCGGACUACCAGUACGAUACAGUGGUGCCGGCCAUGGCGCUGGCGGCUUUGGACCACCUGGACACGGGGUCGUUCACAUGUCAUGGCAGAACCAUAGGGCAUCUGUGCUCAGUGACGAGGCCAAUCUCAAUAACCUCGCACCGCUAUUCCCCCGCCCCCCUGCAGUCGCCCGCAUGAGACACAGCAUGGCAUCCAGUAUCCCCGAGAACUACAAGCGACUCACGCUACGAGCUGUGGAGCCCGACGAGUCGACCAUCUCAGAAGCGGACUCUCUUGAAGCCUUUGUCCAUAGCCGUGCUAAGCACCGCAACUCGUCCAACCCUCUCUUCUCCGCUCAAAUCAACCGCCGCACUUCGUCCGGUCUCCGAGCCCUUGAACGAGCUCGCAGUAUCCGCAGCCGCGCCGACACAGUCUCAGUAUCAACAUUCAGUGAUGAAUACCGCCAAUCCAUUCAAGAGCGUCCGAUGUCUGGAGCGAUGUCAGUUUCUGAAUAUGGCGAUGACAACCGCAUGUCCCACUACCAAGGCUUGCAGGCACCCGGCCUGUUCCCUCUUGCCGAGAACAGCGCGGGUCAGAGCCAGCUGAGUCUCGCGCAGGAUUACCGUGGCGUCAUCUCCCCAUUGCCUCGCUUCUGGAGUGAGAACAGCCUGAGCAGUGCCCGACAGUUGGACAGCCAGCACCGGUCGCACAAAGUGAAUGAUGAGAAUGCCAUGCCUCAGAGUUCCUCUAUGGUCUCUGAUCUGGAUGAGCAUCUGCGCAAGGUCAGCCCUCACAAGACUGACCCUCAGUGGCGUAUGUCUCCAUUAGAGCCUCCACCCCCAGUGAAGAGCGGCAGCAAGCGUGGUCUUCCUGUCGCCAGUAGUGGUGAGCUCGCUUUUGUUUGA